GCGGCGCUCCAGGCUGCGGCUCGGAUCGCUACAUCCUGGGUGUGCGUGGAUAGAGAGGAGGACCUAUGCUCAGCAAAACGGGAAGUGAUGUUCAAUCGAGGAAGAAAGUGCAGCAACUUUAUCCAGGAAAAGUAUAAAAGUACAGUAAGCUUAACCACAAGCAAGCAGCAGAAGGCAGAAAGCGCUGCUUUUCCCACGCUUCGUUGCAUCUCAUGCGCGUCUCCUGACUUUCAGAUUGACGGAACUGCUCAGAAAUAGACGCUCACUAUGUCUGAUGGGGACUAUGAUUACCUCAUCAAAUUCCUAGCCCUUGGUGACUCCGGCGUGGGCAAGACCAGCUUCCUGUAUCAGUACACGGACAGCAAGUUCAACACCAAGUUUAUUACCACAGUGGGCAUAGACUUCAGAGAGAAACGGGUGGUGUACAAGCGUGACGGCGCCGAUGGGACGCCUGGCAAGGCCCAGCGGAUUCACCUCCAGCUGUGGGACACAGCAGGACAAGAGAGGUUUCGCAGUUUGACGACGGCUUUCUUCCGGGAUGCCAUGGGAUUCCUCCUCGUGUUCGAUCUGACGAGCGAGCAGAGUUUCCUCAGCGUCCGGAACUGGAUGAGCCAGUUACAGAUGCACGCCUACUGCGAGCACCCGGACAUCGUUCUGUGCGGGAACAAGAGCGACCUGGACGAGCACAGGGAGGUCAAAGAGGAGGAGGCCAAGAAGCUGGCAGAAAAAUUUGGAAUCCCGUACUUUGAGACGAGCGCUGCCAGUGGGCACAACGUGAGCCAAGCUGUGGAGGCUUUGCUGGACCUCAUCAUGAAGCGCAUGGAGCGCUGUGUGGACAGGUCCUGGGUGCCAGCGAGUGUCACGCAGCCCAAUGGGCACGGUGGCACCGAGAAGAUCAAGGAGGAGUCAGAGGCGAGCGCGGGAAAGUGUGCCUGCUAGCUUAACCGUCCGCCCCCGCUGCCUCCGCCACCCACGCCGCCCCCAGCCUACGUCUGUCAUUCACUCGCCUUGAAUUAGGGUGGGGAAGGGUUCGAAAACUGGAGGGGGAGGGGGACAAGAGCUAUGUUCUGUUAACCAAAAAAAGACACUGGAGUUUUCAGUCUUUUACUGUCUUUGUCAGCAAAGCACACAAAAUGGCCCUAUUUCUGGAGACCCACAGAGUCGCCAUGGCGACAGGCUCUGUCUUUGCAGGUGCAUCAUGGGAUUCUGGACUCAGUUUAACUGCUGAUCUUUGGCUUUUUCCCACUGUGCCAUUAAAUCUCUGACAGUAGCCUUAAUUGAGGAAAAAAUGUCAAAUUUAAACAAAGACAAGAGUGAUAAUAAGUGAACAUAUAAUGCAUUUUAAUACAAAUAUUUUUAUACAGCAAAGUGAUGCUACAUAAACAUAUAAACAGAUACUAUAGUACCUGUUUAUAUACAGCACAAAUACAAAUGUAUCACGUGUUGUAUACUGUUGCAUUAAAUAAUAUUGUAUAACAUAACAGUAUAGAACACUGUGGAAGUUUGGUAUCUAAUAGAGUCGUGCCAUUAAAGCUUGUUUAAUCAGAGCUGGAGCCGCACUUUGGUAGCCACCAUAAUUAGGGGUCGUCCUAAAGUCCCAUUACACUCAAUUUUUUUUUAUUUAAAUAAAGGAAAAAAGGUUUUGAAGUUCCGCUUGCAUGCCAUGAAAGAAUGUCAGCUUUAUGUCCUGUUGGGUUCUGGGUGUGGUUGCUGUUCCUCUGUCUGUCUGCAUGGGUCAGACGCCGGCUAAGUGAGGCUGUCCAUGGUUAUGACAGGCCCACAGCUUGGUGCCCUGAGAUGGGGAUUUCUGUCUCAUUACGGUGAAUGUUGGUAAAACACAUGUGUGGGGUGAUUAUCUGCAAUGCAAUUCAAAUCUGUUGUAUCAUCAUGUUUUAAACACUGUAUUAAUUCCAAAACACUGUCCCGAUGCCAAAUAUAUAAACUGUAUUCUUUAAUAAAAAUCAUUUAUUUUAUUUAUUAAAGUUAUGUGAUAUGGUUGAAAUGUA